AAGUCCAAAGAAGCUGUUGUGGAGAACACACCAGUUGUCAUCCGCUGAUUUCGAGAGAAUCUCGACUCAAGAUGUCGUUGACAGUGAAAGCCUUUUUGAUGAAAGGAGGAGACGAGAAGGCCGAGAUCAGGCGCUUCACAGUCCCGACAGAUGUAUCGAACAGUUUUGAUUACCUGCAGAAAAAAAUUGCCGACAUUUUCCCAGGACUUGCCCGUGGCAAUUUUUCCUUGUAUUGGAAAGAUGAGGAUGGAGAUUUGAUUGCCUUUUCUACUGGAGAGGAACUUCUGGAGGCUUUGGGAUUUGUUGAGAAUGGCCUUUUCCGUGUAUAUGUUAAGCCUACUUCCCAAUCCACUGGCAGACCAAGUGGAAAUGUCCCACCCCAGGAACACCCUGGUAUCAUUUGUGAUGGUUGCGAUGGAAAAGUGAUUGGAAAGAGAUACAAAUGUACCAUCUGUCCGGAUUAUGACCUGUGUCAGUCCUGCGAGUCCAAGGGUAUUCACUCUGAGCAUAACUUCAUCAUGUAUGAAACCCCUGUCCAGUCAGGAUUUGGUUUCCCCUUCUGGGGGCCCCCAAGACAUGGACCUUGUGGACCCCAUGGACCUCAAGGCCAAGGGCCACCAUGCGCACCACCACAUUUCUUCCGCUGGAUGGAGAGAAUGGCAAGAAGACAACAGAACAGACAGAAUGCUGGUUGUCCAUGGAAUGGACAGAAGGAAUAUGAGGCUCCCACUCCAGAUGAAACCAACCCUGAAGCAUUCCUGCAAUCUGUUGGUCAGUCUGUGGCUGACAUGUUGGAUCCAUUUGGAAUAGAUGUUCAAGUGGAUGUGGAACACGGUGGAAAGAGACGCCCAGCCCGUGGACAAGGCAGUGGAUGUAGGGGGAAAAAAGGUUGGAAAUGUGGUCAAGGGAAAUGUGGAAAGAAGGAAAACCAGGAGGAGAAAAUGGAUUCUGACAAACCAGAGGCUGAGCCUGAGGUCCAGAAAGCACCAGAAGAACCGACUCCCAUGGCCACCGACAAUGCCGACAAGCCAGAGACUGAUGGCCCUUCUACCAGCAGUGGGAACAAGACUGACACUGACGUCAACAAAGACACUACAGAGGCUGUCAACAAGGACUUCGAGGCAUGGACCCUGUUGGAGGAUGGUAAUGGGUCGGGGAGAACUCCACCCCCUCAGGCCACUGCCCCCAUGCAGCCUCCUCCUGCCCAGUUGAUCUAUCCUCCGACAGAUCCCAAGAUUGCCACUGCCCUGCAGCAGAUGCUGGGGAUGGGUUUCCAUAAUGAGGGAGGAUGGUUACAGCGCCUCCUGGAGGAAAAAGAGGGCAACAUCAGCCAAGUGUUGGAUGCCAUUCAGAACAGGGCUAAAGUUACCCCUGAUGGAAGUUACAUGGCUUAAA